AUGUGGGUGCGGAAGGGGAUUAUCAGCAUAAUAGAUCUGAGUCAUGAUUACUAUCUGGUAGCUUUUACACAUGAAGAUGACAAGAAUGCCGCUCUAGCUGAUGGUCCGUGGUUUAUUUACGAUCAUUAUCUGACGGUAAAAGAAUGGUCACCUGAUUUCCAUCCAGAGAGUGAUGCCAUUGUUAAUGUUGCUGCGUGGAUCAGAAUUUCAGGAUUGCCGGUAGAGUACUAUGAUCCUAAAGUCUUGCAUGUUAUUGGAGAUUUGGUAGGACGCACAGUCAAAGUGGACAAAAAUACGCUUCAGAGAGAAAGAGGGAAAUAUGCGAGAAUUUGUGUUGAAGUUAACAUCUCCAAACCGCUACUGGCCAUGUUCUCAAUCAAAGAUAGUAGCUACAAAAUCGCAUAUGAGGGGCUGCAUCUCUUAUGUCUAACUUGCGGAAAGUUUGGUCACUACAAAGAAGGAUGUGCUGUGAAGAUUAAAGAAAAGGAUGUUGGUGCUGACCAAAGUGGAAAAGGCAACAAUUCGGGAGCUCUUGUUGGGGGACAUGUCCAGAAUGGAAAUACUAUAGAGGAGGGACCUUGGCAUGUUGUCUAG